AUGGCUGCUGCAGUGCAUAACGAAUGGGGAAUUUCAGAACUAAAAGCAAACUCAUCUGAAAAGGAUACCAGAAAAACUUAUGACACUUGGGCAAAAACUUAUGAAGAGGUAUGCCACACCUGUUAGACUCGUAUGUAUAAGCUUCAGUUAAGUUAAGUUGUUUGCUUUAGCAUCAUGAAUUUGCCAGUAGCUACACAUGUAUUAAGUGUAAUUAAAUGGUUUAACUAGGGAACAGCAAAGAAUAACAAUAGGCUAGAGAGAAAAACAGGACUUUUAUUCCAACGUACACUGCUUGUCAAUUUUACAGUUUUAUAUUAUAACGUUAACAUUCUAAAAUAAUACAAUAUGAACCCAUUCUCUCGUGGAAAUUUUAGGGAAGCAUUAUUUCAAGUAGUAAAGCCAUUUCUCUGCGCACUCUCCGUCCCAAAACUACCCAACACAAGUUGAACUUAUUGUUCUUUAUUAUUAAGAUGUCUGCUUAAAUUGUGAAAGACAUCUCAAAGAGGCUGGAGUCCGUUAGGACUAAAGACUCAGUAGAAAGGGUGGACUAUUGAAAGACUGGAGGUUUAUUUAUGGGGACAAUGAGACUAAACAGAGGAAAUUAAUGUACUAUUUUUUCAAUUCAUACUAAGGCCAUCCUCUUUUUUUUUCUCCGUUUAGCAUCAUCCGACCAACCCAAAUUUUUGGCAUUUUCAAAACAAAAGGAAUGACAUAGUUGAACCAUUUUUCACUUGACAUUAUUCUUUUAAUCUGAAAAAAUUGGCAUAGUAACAGCGUAAAGUAAAAUAGGAACAAAAACAGGAACAUUUUUUACAGUACAUUGUGUAUUUUGUCAAUCCAAAUAUGUGAAUGUUAACUUUUAACAUCGUCCAGGGUUAUGGGGGCCUGCCAUUUCGAGACCUCUGGUGACUUUUUUUAGCUUUUUUUUUUCAAUCCGACCGACCAACCCAACAUCCGGAAACCUAUUCGAUGCUAAGCAAAAAAGAGAGAGGGAAUGGCGUGAGUGGGAUAAUGUCUGGCCAGACGUGUUAACUCUUUUAAAACACUCAUAUGAAAAUUUAAAUUCUUGUUUGUUUAAUUUAAUUUAAUUUUCAUAGGAGUAUUGGAGGAAAGAUGUUAAAGUAUCAAUAAUAAUCAGCUUGUGUGAUCAUGUCCUUAACUUUCAUGACCAGUGACAGUUUUAUGAAGUAUAGGUAUUAUAGCAGAAAUUGGACACUGAUUGCUCAACAGAUCAGAGCUUUUAAACUGAAUAAUAACUCUACCUAGUACAGGGUCCGAAAUUAACUUUUUAAUACGGGCGCCAACUGGCUAUCAAGUAUAAAUUUUUGGUCGCCAGAGGGCAAAUUAUGGUCGCCAAAAAUUUCCCCUCUCUUUCUUAAAAUAGAAGUUUAAACACGAAUAAAAAAUGUAUGGUAUGGACAUUUUUAUGCUCAAAAAUUCCACUACUUUGGCUCCCGAUACCAGAGAGCAGCCGUACGUGCACGAGUGAGGUCUUAUUUUUUCCACAAAUUACUUUUUGGAGAUAUAAACACGAGUCCACCAUGUUGCUCAAUCCAGGCCACAACCGUGGAUAUAUGGGUACCGUGUUUCAGCUGAAAAGAACAUGGCGGCUUUGAACCAUUCAACUCAUGUUGAUCGUAGCUGUCGUGGAGGUAUUUUUACAUGAAGAUUCGUUUCACUUUUAACCUGAAAGUUCACAAUAACAGCCAGCUUUACAAGUCGCCAGUUGGCGACCAGCUAUGAAAUUCUGGUCGCCAGUACUGAAUUUUUAGUCGCAUUGGCGACCAGGAAGGCGCAAUUUCGGACCCUGUAGUAGCUAAGCAUUUUUUUUCCAGAACAAAAGGCUUACCUAUACAAAGAUGCCAACCUCUGGAUCUAUACAAUGGUAUUACUUUGGUUAUCAGAAUGGGUAGUCCCAUAAAACAGAAGUGGAAAAUUUUAAAUGGCUAAUUCACCACAGCUAUCUCUUGCUGAUCAUUUUUUUGGUUUGUUUGAUUCAUAUAGGAUACUGACAAACUUGGUUACAAAGGGCAUGUCCUGUGUAUUGAGGCUUUCAAUAAAGCCAUGCAGUCUAAAGACAUUUUCCCGGAAGCUAACAAGGAUAUCAAAAUUCUUGACGCUGGGGCCGGCACUGGAAUCAUUGGUGAAAUGCUGGUGCAGCAAGGGUAUAGCAACAUUGAUGCCUUGGACAUUUCUGAAGAAAUGUUGAAUUUAGCAAAAAAGAAGAAUAUUUACAAGCGAUAUAUCUGUGCCGCACUGAGUGACGUCCCCAUUGAUGACAUACAGACUGGCGAGUAUGAUGUAACUUUGUGUGCAGGUACUAUAGUCUAUGGACAGGCGAAGCCAGCAGCACUGGAUGAGUGUGUUCGUCACGUAAGACCAGGUAAAGUGUUAUUGCUAUAUCUGUUGUAAGGAUACUAUGCUCUUUUCAUGGAAUUCAAAAACCUAGGUGGAGUAGGGCAGCAGUCUUUCACUCUCACAUUAAGUUACUUUUGUUGAGGUUUUUAACAAUCACUAAUUGUAUAACCUUAAGUCUGGAAAAGGAACUUUAUGUUUUGAAAAAAGUCUUGCAUCCAAAAAUGUGUUUUGAACCCUUAUUGACAGUAAUUAUUAAAUAAAGUAUUUUCCUCUCAUAGGUUUUUUCUAAUCUUGUUUUAAAAAUCUUAGUCAUUGUCAGUAGUAGUCUUAGUUAAGGACUACACUGGGCCAAACAAUCAUUUGUCACCAGACUCAUUGUCAACCCCGUUCAUAAUCUUUCAUUGUCUUUCUCCAGGUGGUAUCUUCAUUUUUUCCAUCCGUGCAGAUUCCUUUGAUCCUGUUGAGCUCGGUUACAGCACCAAGUUUGAGGAGAUGGAGACAGCAGGAAAGUGGAGGCUAGUGAAGAGAGAGAGGCGUGAACUAUAUGCCCAUCCCCAUGAGGAGCGAUUUAGGGACUGUUACUUGAUCACUUACAAAGUGCUCAAGAACUGA